UUAUAUAUACACAUCAAUUACACAAAUAAAUUAAUUUCAUGUACUCAUUGCAAAUUCCAACAAUGAAUUAUUAUGCACUAUGGUUUCUUGCAUAUUUUCUUAUUGGAGGGGUGCUUUCAAAAAGAAUAAUUAGAGACACUAACAUAUUUGAUAAACAUUACCAAGUUACUUGGGGAAAGGAUCAUGUCUUGUUGCUUAAUCAAGGCAAAGAAAUUCAGCUCUCCAUGGAUAACACUUCUGGGGCUGGUUUUGAGUCGAAGCUAGGGUUUGGUUCUGGGUUCUUCAACUUGAGGAUAAAGCUACCGCCAAAAGAUUCAGCAGGAGUGGUCACAGCUUACUAUCUGAGUUCUUAUGGUAAUAAUCACGAUGAGCUAGACUUUGAGUUCUUGGGGAAUAGACCAGGAAAGCCAAUUACUUUGCAGACAAAUGUGUUUGCAAAUGGUUUAGGGAACAGAGAGCAAAGAACUUAUCUCUGGUUUGAUCCUACUGCUGAUUUUCAUAAUUACCAAAUCCUUUGGAAUCCUCAUCAAAUUGUAUUUUUGGUGGAUGAGAUACCCAUAAGAGUGUACAAGAACAAGACAAAGAUUGGAGUUGAGUACCCAUCAAAGGCAAUGCACAUAGAAGUGAGCUUAUGGAAUGGAGAAAGUUGGGCAACAGAUGGGGGCAAAACCAAGACUAAUUGGAGCUAUGCACCUUUUCAAGCUCAUUUUCAAGGUUUUUCCAUUAAUGGAUGUUCUUCUUUACCUGCUUGUUCUUCAGCAAAUUACUGGUGGAAUGCUCGCAAAUACUGGAAACUUGAUGCUGCCCAACAAAAGACUUAUCAAGAUGUUAGAAGGAAAUAUCUGACUUAUGAUUAUUGUUCUGAUACCCCUAGGUUUCCUACACCUCCUCCAGAAUGCCCUCAGUGAUUGGUUUUUUAGUUUAUUUGUUACUAGUGAGAUACCCUUGCUUCGCUUCGGGUUGGAUCAGUUUAAUUUAAAAUAUAAAUUUAAAUUUAAAAAUAUAAAUUAUAUA